UGCCCACCAAACAAAAAAGAAAAAAAGAGGAAAAAAAGGGAAGUAACCCGCUAGGGUUUGAGUGCGAGAAAAUUCUGAUCGCGUGAAUUUCUGAGGAGGAAGCGAUCACCGAUUCCGUUGAAUUCGCUUCCCUCCAUCUCCCGAAAACCCACGAAGAUCCAAAUUAUUCCCUUACAUCCCGCGAGUUUCGCAUCUUCGAGAGGGGCACCCAAAAUCGAUGCAAAUCUAGAGAGAGAAGAGUGGCCACGACUGAGUGUUUGUGGGCUUGUAAAAUUUCCGUUUUGGAACGUUGGGAUCCGAGGUUUUUCAGGCUCCCUUUGGGGCUUUUGUCCGAAAUUUUUUGGAGGGAUUUCUGUUUUUUGUUUUUUGUCCUCCUGGGGUUCCGUUGGUAGGGUUUUGAACUUUUGUCUUCUUCUUCCGUGAAUUUGGGUUUGAUUAGUUUGCGCGGAGUGAGUGUUUGGAUUUCUCGGCGAAUUGCAUGCAAUCUGGAGGCGGUGGCGGAGGGCCCGCCCGGAACCCGGGCGUGGGCCCGGCGGGUCGGACCGCAUCCACGUCAUCCGCUGCGUCUCCGUCUUCUUCAUCAUCUUCUGUGCAGCAGCAGCAGCAGCAGCAACAACAAUUGGCGUCUAGACAGCAACAGCUCAGAAACUCCGAGGGAAAUGAAACCAUGUUAGCAUAUCAUGCUGGUGGUAUUCAGGGAAUGAUGGGAGGGGGCAACUUCGUUUCCUCUCCAGGCUCAAUGCAGUUGCCUCAGCAGUCUAGGAAAUUCUUUGAGUUGUCUCAACAACAUGGCUCUUCCCAAGAUGGUCAGCAAAGUCUUAAUCCAGUUCAGCAAGCAUAUCUUCAGUACGCUCUCCAAGCGCAGCAACAAAAAGCAGCAUUUGCAUCGCAACAGCAAUCUAGAAUGGGAAUGCUGGGUUCAAAUAUGGGAAAGGAUCAAGAUGCACGAGCAGGAAUGUUGAAUUUGCAAGAAUUGAUUUCUAUGCAGGCAUCUAAUCAGGUGCAGGCUUCAUCUUUUAAGCCUGUGUCUGAACAGCUUGCUCGCAGCGAAAAGCAAACAGAAUCAGUUUCUGAUCAGAGAAAUGACACAAAACCUCAUCCUCAGCAGGUAGGUAUUGGACAACUAAUGCCUGGGAAUAUCAUAAGGCCAAUGCAGGCAUCACAAGGUCAACAGGUUCCCCAUAACAUGGGAAACAACGUGCUUGCAUUAGCACAGCAGUGGCAGGCAAUGCAGGCAUGGGCUCUUGAGCGUAAUAUUGAUCUCUCGCAUCCCGCCAACGCCAACCAAAUGGCUCAUCUCCUGCAGGCAAGAAUGACUGCUCAACAGAAAGCUAAUGAAGGCAACAUGUCUACACAGCCACCGCCAAUUCCGGUGUCCAACCAGCCGUCUACUUCUUCAAUGGUCCCAGGUGAGAAUUCCCCUCGUGCUAAUUCAGCUAGUGACAUCUCUGGGCAGUCAGCCUCUGUGAAGGCUAGACAUUCAAUGUCCACUGGCCCUUUUGCCUCGACUUCAAGUCCCAGGAUGGGGAACCCUGCUGUGCAUCCAUUCUCCAUCCAAGGGAGAGAUAGCCCGAUGCAUUCUCGGCAAUUGGGUCCUCCUACAACUACAAAUGGGGCACCUUUAGGACAUUCUCCACAGACAUCUGUGAAUGUGACCCAUGGUGUGGAUCAGCAUCCAUCUACAAAGGAACCUGAGACAUUGCAGAUGCAGCGGCACAAGCAACUGAAUGCACCACUUCUGAAGUCAGCAGGUCCAUCUGAUGUUGGUUUAGCUAGCAAUUCCUCCCUCCAGUUUGGACAGGGUACCCAACAAUCACCUCAGCGAUUCGGAUUCACCAAACAACAACUCCAUGUCCUCAAAGCCCAGAUACUUGCGUUUAGGCGGUUGAAGAAAGGAGAAGGUACGUUGCCUCAAGAGCUUCUUCAGGCUAUUGCUCCACCACCACUUGAGCUGCAGCUGCAAAGACAAAUUCCUACAUCAGGAGGAAGUAUUCAGGAGGGAGCUUCAGGGAAGAUUGGGGAAGACCAAGUAAGGCUUUCAGAAUCUGGCAGGGAGUUUCAGGUCGCAUCUGCAAAUGGACAGAUUUUUUCAAAAGAGGAAGAUAAUGUUGGAGAUACGACUGGCCAAAACCAAGUAAUCCAAAACAUGGAAAAAGAAGCUGCAUUCACUACUGCUGCUACAAAAGAAGAGCAACAGACUGAUGCCAUUUCUGUUAAGUCAGACCAAGGACCAGAUGCUGGUACUCAAAAGCAUCCUAGAGCUGAUUUGACAGCUGAUAAGGGAAAGGAUAUUGCAUCGCCAGCUGUUGCAUCUGAUGGAGGGCAGCCUACGAAGCCUCCACAGACAAGCACUCCUCCCCAGCAGCCCAAAGAUACGGCCAGGAAAUACCAUGGACCAUUGUUUGAUUUUCCAUUCUUUACUCGGAAACAUGAUGCGUAUGGGUCAGCAACAACCAAUGCCAAUAACAAUCUCACACUAGCAUAUGAUAUAAAAGACCUGUUGUUUGAAGAAGGUGCAGAAUUCCUUAACAAGAAAAGAACUGAGAGUUUGAAGAAGAUAAAUGGUCUAUUGACCAAAAACUUGGAGAGGAAAAGGAUUAGGCCGGAUCUUGUUAUGCGACUGCAGAUUGAAGAGAAAAAGCUUAGGCUUAUGGAUCUUCAAUCACGUAUCCGGGAUGAAGUGGAUCGACAACAGCAGGAGAUAAUGUCCAUGCCUGAUAGACCAUACCGUAAAUUUGUGAGGUUGUGUGAACGUCAACGCCUCGAAAUGGCAAGACAAGUGCAGGCCAAUAUGAAAGCUGUUCGAGAGAAGCAAUUGAAAUCUGUCUUUCAAUGGCGUAAGAAACUCCUUGAGGCUCACUGGGGUAUACGUGACGCACGGACUGCUCGUAAUAGAGGAGUGGCUAAAUACCAUGAAAAGAUGUUGAGAGAAUUUUCUAAGAGGAAAGAUGAUGGCCGGAAUAAAAGGAUGGAGGCCUUGAAAAAUAAUGAUGUAGAAAGGUACAGGGAGAUGUUGCUGGAGCAGCAGACAAGUAUACCUGGUGACGCUGCUGAAAGAUAUGCUGUUCUCUCUUCAUUUUUGAGCCAAAACGCAAGAAUCCUUAUAAAGCUUCAGAGAUCAGGUCAUCGAGUAUUGCUCUUCAGUACAAUGACGAAACUCCUUGAUAUCUUAGAGGAAUAUUUGCAGUGGAGGAGACUUGUGUACAGAAGAAUAGAUGGGUCAACCAGCCUGGAAGAUCGGGAAUCAGCUAUCGUGGACUUCAAUGAUCCUGAUACAGAUUGCUUUAUCUUCUUGCUCAGUAUACGUGCAGCUGGCCGGGGUCUCAACCUUCAGACUGCUGACACAGUUGUCAUAUAUGAUCCUGAUCCUAAUCCUAAGAAUGAGGAACAAGCGGUUGCUAGAGCUCAUCGUAUAGGACAGACUAGGGAAGUAAAAGUAAUUUAUAUGGAAGCAGUUGUUGACAAAAUUUCCAGCCAUCAAAAGGAAGACGAGUUGAGAAGUGGUGGUUCAGUAGAUCUAGAGGAUGACUUGGCUGGGAAGGACCGACCAGAUGCUCCAGCCACAGCAGCGAGACUUCAGGGUCUAUCUGAAGAAGAGGUCAGAGCAGCAGCUGCUUGUGCUCGGGAGGAAGUUAUGAUCAGAAAUAGAUUUAUGGAAAUGAAUGCUCCAAAAGACAGUUCAUCUGUCAACAAGUAUUAUAGUCUGGCUCAUGCUGUAAAUGAAACCGUUGUAAGGCAACCCUCGAUGCUUAAGGCAGGAACGUUGCGUGAUUACCAGCUGGUUGGAUUGCAGUGGAUGCUCUCUUUGUAUAACAACAAGUUAAAUGGAAUCUUGGCGGAUGAGAUGGGUCUUGGAAAAACUGUGCAGGUAAUGGCAUUGAUUGCUUACCUUAUGGAGUUUAAAGGGAAUUAUGGACCACAUCUCAUCAUUGUUCCCAAUGCUGUUCUGGUGAACUGGAAGAGUGAAUUCUACAAUUGGUUGCCUUCUGCUUCUUGCAUAUUUUAUGUUGGUACGAAGGACCAACGUUCAAAAUUGUUCUCUCAGGAGGUCUGUGCCAUGAAAUACAAUGUUCUUGUUACGACUUAUGAGUUCAUCAUGUAUGACCGUUCAAAAUUAUCAAGAGUUGAUUGGAAAUACAUUAUAAUUGAUGAGGCACAACGAAUGAAGGACAGAGAAUCUGUUUUGGCUCGAGAUCUUGACAGGUAUCGCUGCCAGAGGAGAUUACUUCUCACUGGGACACCUUUGCAGAAUGAUCUCAAAGAGCUUUGGUCUCUUUUGAAUCUUCUUCUUCCUGAAGUCUUUGAUAACCGAAAAGCAUUUCAUGAUUGGUUCUCACAACCCUUUCAAAGAGAAGAUCCUGCACAUAAUGUAGAGGAUGAUUGGCUGGAGACAGAGAAAAAAGUGAUAAUCAUUCAUAGGCUUCAUCAAAUUUUAGAGCCUUUCAUGCUCAGACGCCGUGUUGAAGACGUGGAAGGUUCACUUCCUCCUAAGGUUUCAAUAGUGUUAAGAUGUAGAAUGUCUGCUAUUCAGAGUGCCAUUUAUGAUUGGAUAAAGGCUACUGGGACACUUAGAGUUGAUCCCGAGGAUGAAAAACGCAAGGCUCAGAAGAACCCUAUAUACCAAGUCAAGUCGUACAGGCCUCUAAAUAAUAGAUGCAUGGAGCUAAGGAAAGCUUGCAAUCAUCCUUUGCUCAAUUACCCAUAUUUCAAUGAUUUGUCCAAGGAUUUCCUUGUAAGAUCAUGUGGGAAAUUAUGGAUUCUGGAUAGAAUCCUUAUAAAGCUUCAGAGAUCAGGUCAUCGAGUAUUGCUCUUCAGUACAAUGACGAAACUCCUUGAUAUCUUAGAGGAAUAUUUGCAGUGGAGGAGACUUGUGUACAGAAGAAUAGAUGGGUCAACCAGCCUGGAAGAUCGGGAAUCAGCUAUCGUGGACUUCAAUGAUCCUGAUACAGAUUGCUUUAUCUUCUUGCUCAGUAUACGUGCAGCUGGCCGGGGUCUCAACCUUCAGACUGCUGACACAGUUGUCAUAUAUGAUCCUGAUCCUAAUCCUAAGAAUGAGGAACAAGCGGUUGCUAGAGCUCAUCGUAUAGGACAGACUAGGGAAGUAAAAGUAAUUUAUAUGGAAGCAGUUGUUGACAAAAUUUCCAGCCAUCAAAAGGAAGACGAGUUGAGAAGUGGUGGUUCAGUAGAUCUAGAGGAUGACUUGGCUGGGAAGGACCGGUAUAUGGGAUCCAUCGAGAGUCUCAUAAGGAAUAAUAUUCAACAGUAUAAGAUUGACAUGGCUGAUGAAGUCAUCAAUGCUGGGCGUUUUGACCAGAGGACAACGCAUGAAGAGCGGCGGAUGACCUUGGAGACUUUAUUGCAUGAUGAGGAGAGAUAUCAAGAAACUCUUCAUGAUGUACCUUCGCUACAUGAGGUGAACCGGAUGAUUGCCAGAAGCGAGGAAGAAGUUGAAUUAUUUGAUCAGAUGGAUGAAGAAUUUGACUGGACGGAGGAGAUGACCUCUCAUGAGCAGGUUCCUAAGUGGCUUCGAGGCAGUACCAGAGAAGUGAAUGCUGCUAUUGCUGCUUUAUCUAAGAAGCCAUCAAAGAACAUCUUAUUCAGUGGUAAUAUGGGUGUCCAACCUGGUGACACUGGGAACGAGAGAAAAAGAGGGAGGCCCAAGAGCAAAAAGAUAAACUACAAGGAAAUCGAAGAUGAUAUUGGAGGAUACUCUGAGGCAAGCUCUGAAGAGAGAAAUGCUUAUUCUGGGAAUGAAGAAGAGGGUGAAAUUGGUGAUUUUGAAGACGAUGAACUUACCGGUGCUCUUGGUGAUCAACAGACAAACAAGGAGGAGUCUGACGAGGAGACCCCUGUUUGUGGUAGUGGUUAUAAUUAUCCUCAGGACCUUGGUAAUGCAAAACCCAAUCAUGCACUCGGUGAUGCUGGUUCCUCGGGAUCUUCUCCGGAGAGUCGUAAAUCAAAACAAAUGGUAUCUCCUGUUUCUUCACAAAAGUUUGGUUCUUUGUCUGCGUUGGACACGAGGCCAGGUUCUGUCUCAAAAAGGCUGGUGGAUGAACUAGAAGAAGGGGAAAUAGCAGCAUCAGGGGAUUCUCAUAUAGAUCGCCAGCAAUCAGGAAGUUGGGCCUACGAUCGUGACGAAGGGGAAGAAGAGCAAGUUUUACAACCUAAGAUAAAACGAAAACGGAGUAUUCGGCUUAGACCCCGUCAUACUACGGAAAGAAUAGAUGAGAAAUAUGGCAGUGAGAUACCUUUCUCUCAGCACAACGAAGCAUCUCAGAUGCCAUUGCAAGUGGAUCGCAGCUAUCGAUCAAAGUUGAGGACAGUUAUUGAAUCACACGGUCCAAGACAAGAUCAAAGCGAUUCAUCCUCUAAACUCAGGAAUAUGCCAGCAAGGAAGGUAGCUAAUACGUCCAAACUUCAUGGCUCAUCACCAAAGUCUGGGAGACCAAUUUCCACACAACUUCCUGUGGAGGUUAGUGCUGAAGCCACCGGGGAAACAUUGGACGGGAAAUCUGCAAGUCCUAUUGGCUCUUCAAAUGCUGGUGCAAGAAUGUCAGAGAUCAUCCAAAAAAGGUGCAAAAACGUGGUUAGCAAACUCCAGAGGAGAAUCGAUAAAGAAGGACAGCAGAUUGUACCAAUGCUGACAAAUCUGUGGAAAAGAAUUCAGAAUGGUUAUGCAGCUGGAGGCGUGAACAAUCUUUUGGAUUUAAGAGAAAUCGAUAACCGGGUGGAAAGACUAGAGUACACAGGAGUUAUGGAACUCGCAUCUGAUGUCCAGUUCAUGCUAAAAGGUGCAAUGCAAUUCUAUGGGUUCUCACAUGAGGUGAGGUCUGAAGCAAGGAAGGUACAUAAUCUCUUCUUUGAUUUACUGAAGAUUGCAUUCCCAGACACAGACUUCAGGGAAGCAAGAAACAUGCUCUCCUUCUCUGGGCCAAUACCCAGUUCAGCUUCUACACUAUCCACCACAAGACAAACAGGUAUCAUUAACCAAGGCAAGAAGCAAAAGCUGAUAAAUGAGAUGGAACCCGAGCCAAGCUCCCCUCAAAGGCCUCAACCUCAACAAAGGGAGAACACAAGAAUCAGAGUACAGAUACCACAGAAAGAAACAAGGCCUAGUGGUGGUGGUACAACAAGCCAACCAGAUGAUGACUCUCCAAUGUUAGCUCACCCAGGGGAACUGGUUAUCUGCAAGAAGAAGAGAAAAGACAGGGAAAAUCCUGUUAUGCGGACUAGAACCAGUGGUGGGUCCAGCAGCCCUGUCUCACCAACAGCUCCAACCGUGGGUCGUGGCCUCCGGACACCGACUCCUGGUUCAUUUCCCAGGAAAACAAGGCUGGCCCAACAGCAAAGCUGGUCAAACCAAGGCACCCAUCCAAACAACAGCGGUGGAGCUGGGGGUGAGUCUGUGGGAUGGGCGAACCCAGUGAAGAGGUUGAGGACUGAUGCUGGGAAAAGGCGGCCCAGCCAUUCAUAGAUAUCCUUUCCUUGCCCCUCAUCCUGGUGAGUGUUUCCUCUGUGCACAGAAGGCGGUUGAACUAUUUGAACAAUGAGCAGUUAGUCUGACCCUAGUAAUCGAAUAAUAGUGUAGGCCUGUGAUCACUCUCCUUGUAAACUGGUUCGUUGCCCUUCUGGUAGUACAGAAAUUAGAGUUGCCCUUUGUGUGACGGAAGUGCGAAGAAACUGUUCUUCCCUUCCGACAAGACAGUGUUACAAAGCCCCUAUCUGGUAUGUGUAUUGAGACAAUUUAUGUAGGAGAUACUUCUUCAAAAAACGAAAGAAAUCAGAUGAAAUAUAAAGGCUUGCUAGCGACUG